AAGAAAAAUCAAGUAGCUGAAAAUGUGCACAAAUGAAAUUACAACAUCUUAGUCAUUGUUUGGCAGUCAAAGCAGGUCUUUGAGUCUUUCGGAACAUUCGUUCAUCAUGCUCCUGUACCUGUUGUUCCUCACAGUCACUGCGACUGGUCAGGCUCAGAGAGUUCCAGGUAAACAGGAGAAUGAUUCCUGUGUGUGUAAAAUAAGAAGCUCUAUCUGGACUUUCCCUGCUGCACGGUUUGUAGAAGCCACAAAACAGGUCCAGAGCUGUGAGGACCACCUGAAUGAGUUUCAGGAAAAGGUCGGGAGCCAACAUUUUGAACUGCCCAAGAUGGCAGCCACUCUUAAGAACAUCACAGUCCGUCUGAAACUAUUUGAUUAUCUUCACACAAGUGGACAAUACAACGCUCUUCAACUGCGUCAGCUGAAUGAUGAGCUUGAGGAAAUCUACCAUACUAUCAAUGAAACACACUUGCAUAACCCUAAUAAGGAGACACAUAACCUGCUAAAUGAGUUGAAAAAGGCUAAAAAUGAUGUCCAGAUUAUGUACAAAGAUGACGUCUUUAACCUAGAGACGAUGAAGAAGAGGUUACGUGACCUUAACAACCAUGCACAGACCUGCAGGACCAUACCAAACAAUUUUAGGAGCACUUGCCAUCAGCGUAUCAUGACCAAAAUAAGUGCUCCAGUUGUCACCAAGCUCAAUUCCCAGCACAAGUCAUAUAUCUCUGGUGCCUGGGGCCGUGACGCCCAACUAAAUAGCAACGAACGCUAUUGGGAGCAGUGCCUGGUGAGUGGACACAAGCAUGGCAGUUCAAUCAGAAUGUACAACUCGCAUGAAGAUUUCAUGGCGAAUAAGAACUACAAGGAUGAACCGAUAGCACCAUCCUACAGUGACAAGAAUGCAGUUCAGGGCUCCGGCACCAUACUGUACGAUAACACUGUAUUUUACCAAUGCUACAGCACAAAUGAGAUCUGCAGCUUCAACAUUACAACAAAGGCAACCAAGCGAAUGAAACUAAAUGGUGCUGGCAUAGACAAUAAAUUCCCUUUUUGCUACUAUAGUUGCCGUGAUUGGACCGAUAUUGACCUGGAGGCUGACCAAGACGCUGUGUGGGUGAUAUAUGCCACUGAGGAGAACCACGGCAACAUUGUUUUGAGUCGUUUAGACGCAAUUGAGCUCAACAUCACACAUACAUGGAAGACACAUCUCUUUAAGAGGUCUGUCAGCAGUACGUUUAUGGUGUGCGGGGUCCUGUAUGCUACUCGCUAUGUUAAUACUCACCAAGAAGAGGUAUUUUAUGCCUUUGAUACAAGCACAGGUCAGGAGAUAAACACUCUUUCUUUACCAUUUGAGAAGGUUGCUGCUGGAAUAGCCAACCUGAACUACAACCCUGUUGACAGGAGACUCUACUUGUAUAAUGAUGCCUAUCUUUUAGCAUAUGACACCUUCUUCUGAGGGUUUUUAUGUGCAGUUACCCAAUAAAAACUACGUAUGAUAAGUUUUUUUGUGUUUCAAAUUCAAAGAGUUAAUGGAGUCUCAUUAAUGGCUGUUUUAUUUCCCAAAGACUAUGUGUUGAUGGUCCAGAGAC